AUUCUCACUUGCUAGUAGUACGCGUCACAUACUACACGUGAACUUCUUAGACCUAUUAUAUUUUAAAUGGAACCGAAGAGCUUCAUCCAGUUUCGUGUUUGAUUUAAGCAUAACAACCGUAAUUGAAGGGAGAUCACUCUACCCAUCUGAAAAGAAAACCUUAUGUAGUCAAUUAAAGUAAAAAUCUUCAUAUUCUGAUAAGACUUGUAGGAAUUUAAAAGAUAACAAUUAAAUAAGCAACUGUGCCACAAGUGUCAUCCUAAAAUGAGAAUGAGUUUUGUUGUCGCUCAUUACGCAUGAUAUUCUCUAGAUGGCUCAGUGUCCAACCUUUGUGUCUUGCAGCGCCAUGAAUUUUACUGAACUAGCCGCUAUUCGCGCGUGUUGAUCUCAUAACGGCUCAAGAUAAAGUGGAGAAGCCUAAGGGCAUGGAUCUAUAUCUGAUAGUACCAUGCUGAAUUUUACUGAAUUAGUCUCUAAUCACACGUGUUGAUCUCAUAACGACUCAAGAUAAAGUGGAGAAGCUUAAGGACAUGCUGAAUUUUACUGAAUUAGUCUCUAACCACACGUGUUGAUCUCAUAACGACUCAAGAUAAAGUGGACUAGAAUUUGGGCAUGGAUCUAUAUCUGAUAGUGCCAUGAAUUUUACUGAACUAACCUUUAGUCACACGUGUUUUUCUCGCAAUGACUUAAUGUAAACGGGAGUAGACGAAGGACUUGGUUCUUUGUCUGAUAGUGUCACGGAUUUUACUGAAUAAACCUCUUGUGUUGAACUCACAAUAACUAAUGGCAGUCUGGACUAAACUACUAGCUUGAGAACAUGGGAUUUCAACUGACAAUGGCAAAAAUUUAUUGCUUUAAUCUCUAGUCACAUAUAUUCAUCUGAUAAUGACUCAAGAUAAACUGGACUAGCCUAUGGACAUGGUAGUGACAUGAAUUUAACUGGGUCAAUCUCUCAUAUUGUUUGUUCUAGAAUCAGAUUUUAUCAUCGUGACGGGCAGCUCAGACCACACCAUAGCUUUCCACAGGAGGGUUUCAAAGAUGGGCAGAACGACAACAUAAGCAUAAACUUGAAACUGGAGUUUCACCACUUCUACAUUAUAAAGGAAGAGAACAAAAAACUUUGUUUUUAAUCGAAUAUAUUCCUUGAAUUUUUGUAAACCAUUCAAGCUGUUGUUUCGUUAAGAAAUUCAAAAUCCAGAUGACGACUCUCAAAUGGAAGGUUGUUGAAAGAAUGAAUCCUGCUGUACAGCCUAAACUGCUGGUGUUUUCGACGGCUGCUACUCUAUUCAGCUCUUAUGAAGUCACAAGUAAUGUAUCUUCAUUGGCGAACAGCAGCGAUCUGGAAGAAAACUUGCUUCCUGAAUCACGAUACUCAUUAGCAGAAGUUAUCCUAAUAGCUUUGGUUGCAGGCCUGCUAAGUCUUGGUACUGUUAUAGGAAAUGUAAUGGUAAUGAUCUCAUUUAAAAUGGACAAACAGCUACAAACAAUCAGUAACUACUUUUUGCUUAGCUUAGCUGUUGCUGAUGUCUCUAUAGGACUGAUAUCUAUGCCUUUAUUUACAGUUUUUACCUUGUUGGGAUACUGGCCUUUAGGGCCCAUGAUCUGUGACACGUGGCUUGCAUUGGACUAUCUCAGUAGUAACGCAUCCGUGCUCAACUUGUUGAUUAUUAGCUUUGAUCGAUACUUCUCAGUUACUCGACCACUGACCUACAGGGCUAAGAGAACCACUAAACGUGCAGCCUUCAUGAUAGCAAGUGCUUGGGUUAUAUCACUUGUCUUGUGGCCACCUUGGAUCUACGCCUGGCCAUACAUUGAAGGUCAGCGGAAAGUCCAAGCACACGAGUGUCACAUCCAAUUUCUGGAAACAAACUUUUAUGUCACCUUUGGCACAGCCAUUGCAGCUUUCUAUCUUCCCGUCACUGUUAUGUGCAUUCUUUACUGGCGGAUCUGGCAGGAGACAGAACAACGGAAGAAGGACCUUACUCACCUACAAGCUGAAAAAAGAACGGAUAGUAAAAAGUCAUCAUCCAGUGAUGAUCCUGCAGAGGCUGAGGAAUGUCUCAGAACAAGAGCUGAUUCAUAUAUACCAGAUGACACGUUAGAAACAACUUAUGUUCCAACCUCUCUUUGUGUGGAACCAACCAAGUCACAAAAAAAUCAACCCAGAACUCUGAAGCAGGCUCUAGUAUCUUGGUGCAGAGUUGAUAGGGAUCAGAAUGUUCAAGAAGAUGACAGCUCUAGCCAUGGGUCUCCCGAGGCUGUGACUCCAGGAUCAAAUGAAACUCCUAUGCAGUCGUCUUCUAGAACCACCUCUAUGACAUUUAGAUCAGAACGCAGACUUGGGUCUUCAAUCCCUCUUAUCACUAAGAAUGGACCACGGAAGCCUGAAAUCAUGACAGCAAACUCGAUGACACAUCCAACUUCGCGUUCAUUCUCUUCAGAUUCUGUGUACACCAUUUUAAUUCGCCUACCGACUUACCCAUCUAUAGGUGAUGGAGAAUCUCAAGCUUCCAUUAAAAUGAUUCUCGAGGAAGAAGGCAACCAAGCAGAGACGAGUUUGCAAAACGUUAAAACUUCAGAGAGCAUGGGUGCUUUAAAUAGUCAGCACCGAACUUCAGGAGAGAGACAACUUCGUCAUUCUUCUUUACGAACAUCAGAGUCAGCACUCGAGACUAUCCGACUCCCGCUUAAUGCCAAGCUUGUCCAUAAACAAGUAGCCAAACAUAAUGUACCCAAGAGAAAACGGAAACAACAGGAAAGAAAACAAGAGAAGAAGGCCGCCAAGACUUUAAGUGCAAUUUUAUUGGCUUUCAUUGUCACUUGGACACCAUACAAUGUAUUGGUAUUGGUAAAAACGUUGUCUUAUUGCGCAGAUGAUGAGUGCAUUCCAGAAGGAUUGUGGAAUUUUGCUUAUUAUCUCUGUUAUAUUAACAGCACAGUGAAUCCCUUGUGCUAUGCCCUCUGCAAUGCUAAUUUCAGGAGAACCUACACCAGGAUAUUAUCUUGCAAAUGGCAAAACAAGAAACGACACAUUGUCAAUCGUGGGUAUUUUAACUAAAUUAUGGGCGAAAAUGAUAUUUUUCACAGUUAUCUGUAUGUAGCACUUGUCUUUGCAUGACAUUUUAUGGCACCAUAUUUACAGUUAUUUCCUGCUAUUGAUAUUACAUCCUUCCGAAAGUGACAUAUUGAAGUACACCAUGAUACAUUAACCAUGUAUCUUUUCAAGUUUUAGAUUUUUCUGAUCGUCUUGGUUACAUAAUUCUCGUGUUGUGAAUGUAUAUAAAUACAAUAAAGUGAGUAUCUGUAAAUC